AUGACUUUGACUGACUGGUAGUGUGAGCUGCACUCAAACUCCAUGUCCAUGUGUUUCCUGUGGGGUUUUCCUUUCAUUGUCCUAAUUUGAGAUGCACUUCAUGUAAGAUUAUAGUGUGUACUACUGUCUGUAUUUCCUGACAUUUUACACAAAUACAGUUUUACACACGGACAUCACCGUAGAAUCUGCUCAGCACGCAAACAGACAGUGCAACCGAUUUUUUUGUGCAACUUUUAUGUGGCUUCAUUGCAGCAGUGUUUCCUGCAUUUACAUGCCAGGAGUUUUCAAUAUGAUGCAAUUUCUGUCAAAGCAAAAAAUACACAUGAAUCUGUUUGUAAUGUCACGAAAUGAUUCACAGUAGUGGCAUCAUCUCUUGUAAAUCCUAAAUAAGUGACUUAUAAAGCAGAGCAAUGAGCCUGUCAUAGUGGUAAUGUAUUUUUUACAUCCCUUACAAGUAUAAUGGAGGUAUGUUAAAUGUAUACUACUGCGUUUUGUAUAUGGAGAUUUUCAGACGAGGGUUACAAAAGCAGGAGGAAAUGUAUUAGAUUGUUAUUGCUGCAUUUUAUAAUGUGUAAAUCCAUCACUUUGCUCACAAUAUUAAUAAAUAGCUUUGGAAAUGUCACAGUUUAUUUAUUAUAACAGCAAUCUUAAAUUUCAGAAAUACAUCAUGAUAUCAUCGAAGUUACAAAAUGUACUCACACAGUAGAAAUCAUAAAUGAUUUUCAUUGCUGUAUUAUUUUUAUUUUUUAAUGAUAUCCUAUUGAUUAUUUGGUGAAUACAAUACACUACAGUAAAUUGAUUUAUUUACCAACAAUCAAGGUGAACAAAGGCCUAAUCUUUGGCAAUUGAAUUGAAGUUGAAGAUUAUGUCUAUUGUGCUGCCACAGCACGUAAACAAUAUGGUUAGCUAUAUCUUGCAGCACUCGAUAGUACAGAUACGUGCACACUUUGUUUUGCUUCUUUUGUUUUAAAUGAGUGGAAUUAGGCUUGACUUAUUCUUGUGAAAUCUAUUUUUGUUGUUCUUUUAUGGUAGUGUAACAUAGUUAAAGUUUAAGUCAUUCACAGCUAGUCAGGGAUAGAAUUUGCUUUAUUUAAUUUAUUUUAUAGAUUUCAUUUAUCUUGUUGCUACUGCUCCAUUCAUUAUGGUGCUCCCAGACAUUUAUCACAUUCACAUGUUGUGCACUUGUGAAUCUGUUCCUGCACAAUCUUCUUUUAAAGACUUGUAAGCACUGAAAAUGAUUCAAGAACCUGUAGAAGCCCAAGGGAAGACAAAUCCAGCCAACAGGAUGAUCAAACAUGCAUGCUGCGUGCUAAAACACUGGGUGGCGUCAAAGUAACAUAUUUUCAAACCCUGCACACAGUUACAAUUCAGUGUUGUCUCAUCAUAGUUAUGUAAUAGACAAAUCUGGAAUAACCAUGUAGUGUUGUGUUGACUCUGUACUCAAGUUCAUCGUCUCUGAAGCAAAGCAAUAACAAUAAAGUCAGAGGGUGGACUCUCACCUUUGGCUGAAGGGUUUUUACUGCCUGCCUGUGUCAAAUGAAAAUUUAGCAAUUGUAACUGAUCUUAUACAUUGUACAUACAUAGUUGUACCAGCUGUUAUCGGAAAACACUAAAUCAUCAUAUGUGGAAAACAUGGCCCAGAAAGGAUUAGGAGCCAGCAGAGGAAGCACAAGUGAGCAAAAAGAAUUCAGCGUUGUUGCUGUUGGAGACGGGCUCUGUGGGAGAAGCUCACUGAUCACAACUUACACCACAGGAGUCUUUCCAGAGUCUUGGACGCCUACUGUAAUUGAGUCUGCUGUUGCCAAUACAGUGUUUGAAGGACAACAGUUUCAACUAAACAUUUGGGACUGUGCAGCUGAUGAGGAGUAUGAUCGCUUGCGGACCUUGUGCUACCCUACUGCUGACGUGGUGCUGAUCUGCUACGAUGUCAUGAGUCCUUCAAGCUUUAAUAAUGUCUUCCAGAAGUGGUACCCUGAGGUGCAGCACUUCUGUGCUGGGGUGCCCAUUAUUCUUGUUGGGUGCAAAACAGACCUUCGCUCAGACAAAUUCCUGGAAGAGAAACUCUGGUCAUUGGGCCAGAACGCCAUCAUGUAUACUCAGGGUGAAGAGGCCAGAAGAAAAAUCAGUGCAGUGGCGUACUUAGAGUGCUCUGCCAAAUGCAAUGAAAAUGUGGAUGAUGUAUUCAGAGAAGCAACAAAACAAGCGCUAAUGGUGAAGAGAGUGAAGGCCAGAGUCACAAAGAGUGGGAGUCCAUGUGCCUUAUUGUGAUGCAGCUCAUGACUUUGACUGACUGGUAGUGUGAGCUGCACUCAAACUCCAUGUCCAUGUGUUUCCUGUGGAGUUUUCCUUUCAUUGUCCUAAUUUGAGAUGCACUUCAUGUAAGAUUAUAGUGUGUACUACUGUCUGUAUUUCCUGGCAUUUUACACUAAUAAAAGCUGACAACACAUCUCACAAA